GUACCGGGUUUCGUGAAGUGCCUUUCGGCUCCACCUUUUAUGUAAAUGAAAUCGUGGAGUCUGCGCUACUGUGAAUGAGAAGCGAGACCGCCAGCAAGCGACGCGUCGAGGAGGAGUGUCCGUGUGUUUACACCAGCGCCGCGCACAGCCCAGACCCCUCCGUGUGCGAGUAUGCCGUCGGCGUGGAAUUAUUGCUGCUGCUUCGGUGCAAACCUUUGAAAAAAAAAAGAAAAAAGAAUUAGAAUAAGAAGAAGAAGAAGAAGAAGCACGGCGACCAAGAAAAUCGUCCGGCGUUAAGUCAUGGGAGGCCAAAUAACCCGUAACGCCUUGUACGACUCCCUGGGCGGUCCCUUCCCCUCCUCCACUCACCGAUGCCACCACAAGCCCAAGCGCUGCUUACCCCUGCAGCCAUGCCCGGGCAUCCCCGUUAGCCCGCUGCUCUUCCACCCGAGCGCCAAGGGCUCGCAGAUCAUCAUGGACGUGGCACAAAGGGCUGUCAAGAGGCAGGCCAGCUUCUGCAACGCUAUCACCUUCAGCAACCGACCCAUUGCCCUCUACGAGCAGGUCCGCCUUAAGAUCACAAAGAAGCAGUGCUGCUGGAGCGGGGCGCUGCGCCUGGGCUUCACCUCCAGGGACCCGUCGCGCAUCAACCCCGACAGCCUGCCCAAGUACGCCUGCCCCGACCUGGUCUCGCAGAGCGGCUUCUGGGCCAAGGCGCUGCCCGAGGAGUUCGCCAACGAGGGCAACCUGGUGGCCUUCUGGGUGGACAAGAAGGGUCGCGUCUUCUACCGCAUCAACGAAUCCAGCCCCAUGCUGUUCUUCAGCGGCGUCCGUGCCACCGAACCCCUCUGGGCGCUCAUCGACGUCUACGGCCUGACGCGGGGCGUGCAGCUGCUGGACAGUGAAAUUGUCCCUCCAGAUUGCCUCCGGCCCCGGUCCUUCACCACGGUAAGAGGCUCCUCCUCCUUGCGGCGCGAAGCCGAUGCCUCCCGCCUGUCCAUCAGCCUCUGUGACCUCAACCUUCAGCAGGAUGAGGCCAGGCUCCGCCUCCCACCCGCCCCGACCGCGUACCCCAUCCCCCAGAACUCCCAGAACUCCCAGCAGUCGUCCUUCCUCCCAUCCUCCCUGGAGGGCGACCUGCGCUUCCACCAGCUCCGCGGCGCUCACAUCAAAACCGUGGACGAGCACACGGUGGGCCGCUCCGAGCACGCCCGCGAAGAGCGCACCCUGGUGUUCACCGAACGCCCGCUGCGAAGUGGCGAGACCAUCUUCCUCAAAGUGACCAAGUCCAACCCGGCCCGCUCCGGCUCCCUCUCCUACGGCGUCACGUCGUGCGACCCGUCGACACUACGUCCCAGCGACCUACCCUACAACCCCGAAGCGCUGGUCGACCGCAAGGAGUUCUGGGCCGUGUGCAGGGUGCCCACGGCGCUCCAGAGCGGAGACGUUCUGGGCUUCCUGGUCACCCAGGAUGGAGAGGUGAUCCUUAGCCAUAAUGGGGCAAAUGCAGGGAUGCAGGUGUGCGUGGACAACUCGCGUCCUCUCUGGAUGUUCUUUGGGCUGCACGGUGCUAUUACACAGCUAAGGAUUCUGGGCUCCACCCACCUGGGCGACGCCCACGGCCCGUCCAGCCCCGGUUCCCCCGUCUCCUCUCCCCGCUCGCCCGGAGGGGGCCUCUGCAGUGGCAGCUCGGAGCCUGCGCUGAACGGAGGCUGCUCCGGAGCGUUCCGCGGCUCCAUCGGAGGAACAACCCCUAGCUCGCCCAUCAACCUCCCCAAGUCUCCCACCUUCCCAUCAUGCUCCAGCUCGUGGCCGGACGAGUGCUCUAUCUGCUAUGAGAACGCGGUAGACACAGUCAUCUACGCCUGUGGCCACAUGUGUCUCUGCUACACCUGCGGCCUACGCCUCAAAAAGAUGGCCAAUGCCUGCUGUCCCAUCUGUAGGAGAGCUAUUAAGGACAUUAUAAAGACCUACAGGAGUACAUAAGAGGCCACACCCCACUUCUCUAAUAUACAGUGUCCUGCAAGGGCCAUAAGUCAAAGAGACCCUCGUGCAUGGAAAAGAGGCAUCAAAAGAGUUCAGGGACCUCUUGUCUGACAAGUCAGAGGUUCUCUGUUUCCAUGGCAAUGACUUUUGAACCUUGAACCUCAAAGGCUCAGGCCUCCAUCCGCAAAAGGUCUUUGGUGUUUCAUGCGCAAGCCUUUGUUGCUACGGUAACUGUCGCUACGGAAACCAGUCAUGUCGCUGCUCAGGAUAGGAGACUGAGAUUCUAACUAAAGCUUUCCACAUGUAAAAAAUAAAUAAAUAAAAUAAGGAAAUGGUAAUCAUGUAAAUAACCUCGAUCAGUUCAGGAAGUUCCAGACAAUGUUCAGGAGUCACUUCAGUGUCUCCCUUUCAUUUCCCCUCUGAGCCAUAUGAGACUGUGAGAGACUCGUCUAUUUACAUAGUUGCAGAGUCUUCAUCAGCUGGAAGUCGUAUUUGACGUAGAUGACGGCUUUGGAAGUAACCUUCAUUUCCUUCAGGCUGUCGUCGGUCCUCAAAAACUCUAUGCUUUCCGCCGUGUUCAUUUGCAGUUGUUUCAGUGUCACAAUUUUUGUCUGUGUACAGCUGAGACUCAAAGAGAGAGUGAGCACCCAUGUAGAGUGUGUCCUAGCCUCGUGCUCUCACGGUAGAGGCAGUACAUGAGCUACCUCUCCACAUAGCUUACUGUUGCUACACGCUCCGAGGUCAGUACUGCACUACUGAAUGAGAGGAACUUUUAAGGAUUAACGACAGUGCUGCGUUAAGAUAUGUUAACCCGAGGCUGCAGUUGUCAGGUCUGGAGUCAGUGCUUUUCUUACGCUAGGUGUACACAGUGGUAAGUUAAACCAGGUAAAAAAAAUAAUAAUAAUAAAAAAAACAGAAUUUGACAGAAUGUCUAAAAACAAACAGACACUCCCUGGUGGCUGAAUAGUCAGUCGUUACAUCUGUGAUUGAACGGAUCCAUAUGUAAGGAAUUGGAACGCACGUGGUCCGCUCUGACCAGGGGAAAAAAAACAAAAACAUGGAAUAACUAUGUAAUGUAAUUUAAAAUGAUCCCGAGUCAGGAUGGUGCAAUCAAAGCUCCAUUCACUCCAGAUCCAUGCUCCACUGUCAGCUCUGCCAUCCGCGUGUUCCAAACAGCUUCGUGAAGCGCUCCGCACAUGUAAUUGCCAUGGAGACCAGAAUCUUGGAAGAAGGAGCACAGCCUUGAGGCCUUAAACACUGAAAGGAUCGUUUGUUGCGAGAGGCUAUUUGAUUUGCUAAGUUAAUCCAUAUUUCACAAAAGACCCUCUUUAUUUGAGGCCAUGAUGGUGUGCGGCAGGAUAACCGAUGCUCAAGGGCAGUUGGGAAAGAAGACUGACGAAAGUGCUGCGAGGAAGGCUGGGAAAGAACCUAUUAAUACUAGCUAGUUUUCCUACUAGUCUUCAGAAAAUACGAGGGGGGAAUAUUGAAUGAAUCAGUUAUACUGGUAUCUAAAAAUGAGCUGAUCUCUGAAAGUUAGAUCAAUUUCCCUCCACGGGCCAAAAGGGAAAGGCUUCGGCGAGUCUUUUUGCCUUCAGGGUGCACACUGAAGCUGAGCGGUUUUGCCCAUUAGUCGAAUAGGUCAAGAUGAACUGAAGAUGCCGUGAAGACGCAGCCUGUGGCUUUAUCGGUUAACAUUUUAUUUUUAUUUUAUUUUAAAGUCUCUGGCUAAAAGUGGCUAAAAGUACUCGUAACUACAAGCGAGCGCACGAGCAGCAGCUCCUGGGGAUGGCGUUCGUGUCCGCGGGAGCUCUCCUCCCAUUGGACGACACGACACCACGGACAUUGCCAUUGGCUGGUUUUGUGCAAAGGGCCCGCGCCGCCCGGGGCUCAGGUCGACGCUGCUAAAAGCACCAUCCGCCUUUUCUAACAGCGCGCACUGUGCGCCGCCCGUCACUCUCGUCCACUUUAUCGCUUUAUCGCUGCUGCUGCAGGGGGACUCCAGUUUGGAAAGCCCGGUCAUUCUUCUCCUCCGAUGGAAACAUGUUGUGAAAAUUUUGUUUGUUUGUUUGUUUGUUUGUUUGUUUGUUUGUCAUGACAGCAGCACUAUAUUUUAAGCUACAAUGAUGUUGCUUGAAGUGGUUACUCAAUUUUGAAUGUUAAUUUAUGUUACCUGGUAAUAACCUGAACUUCUAGAAUAGCAGUAUCCAGUGUGUUCCUUUAAUGCUUUGCUAUGAUUUGAUUGAUAAUAAUGAUUGUAUUUGUUGUGUGUUCCUCUCUGGGUUACACUGCAAUGCAUUUCUUAAAAUAAAAAGGGAGAGAGCGAGAGAGAGAGAGAGAGAGAGAGAGAGAGAGAGAGAGAGAGAAAGAGAAAGAGAAAUGGCUAUCUUGUGCCCACAAGCCAUACUGUGUAGUAUAUCUACUAGUGGCUUUGCAGUAAGCAAUCACAAAUAAGUUUCUUCUGGGUACAAGACAAGCACAGGAUGAUGAUGAUGUACAAUCUCUUUCAGGUUUGUUUGUUUUUUUUUUUUUUUGUAAUUUCCUUCUCAAUACCGAGCCCUGUUUUACAAGUCCUUCGAUCUUGUGGGUAAUGUUUUUAUGAUCUGAGCCUAGGGAUCCGCACAGCUGUCAAUUUUGAAAGCUUAAUGCUUCAAGCAAUAGAACAGACUACAUAUGUGUUUAAAACAUGAAGCAAGACAUUUGAGGAGAUUUAUAAGAAAGCUCUGGGAAAGGAAGAGGAAAUUAUCAUAUAACUUGAAAUUGACAGCUAAUCCUUACAGUUGUGCAGAUAGAUGACCUCAGUUGACCUUACCUUUUUGUAUUUCCCCUUGUCUAAGUGCAUUGCAAAGUUCUGCACAGCACAUGGUGUUUAAAGGCCAUCCCUGUGUUUUUUAAGUCACUUUAUAAAAUAUUUGAUUGUACAUUUCUUAGCCCCUUUAUACCAGGAACUGUAGAUCUGACACCUUUAUGCAAAUGUUCUGACCAAAUUAUGAAUCCCGAAUGAAAGUGUGAUAAUCCUGUCCCAAAAUGAAAUAAUUUAUGAUUUAGAUGCUUGUAACGGAUUAGCUGUAAAAUAGAAUUAUUUAUUUUACAUUUGAGCUUGUCGUCCUAUUUACAGCUAUCCAAGCAGAACUGUCGUGUGUGGUCCAUUUUUUAAUACACCCCAUACAUACAUCAGGACCGUUUAACAAGUGGGAGUGUUUUUUUCCCCUUUAUUUAAGACCUUCCUAACAAACUACAGUCAGCUUCACUUCUCAUUCUUGCCAGUCCAGUAAUAGAAUUUGCUGUAUUGGAGGCUGCGUAGUCUGCUUCGGAAUAUAUGGUACAGAUAAUCAUCUUCUUUCAGUUUAAACUCUUUGAUGGGAUUUUUUAAAGGGAGUAUCCUUGUUAGCAUUCUGCCCUGUUUUUGACACUUGGUGAUUUACCGGAGGACACCUCAGCGGGUUAUUUAUACAAUCUUACAUUGAUAUAUAGCAAAGCACUCAAUAAUGUAAUUGGGAACCACUAGAUCAGUUUGUUAAGUACUGAAAGCUAUUAAGACUAGAUUUUUAUCCAUUUAUCCAUGUUUAUUUUCCAAUAUAUAAUAAUUGUGGUUUUCUGUUCACUGAGUCCCCAUUGGUGAACAAUGGGACCAAGUAGUUAAAAUGGAUCAAGUAGCUAUGAUUCACUUCCUCCCAGUACUGAAUGAAUUAGUGAUUCAGUGAAUCAGUUCAUCUGCGAUUCACCCAUCACAAUUUUAAGCAAACUUGAAAUCUAUUUUUUCCGUUGUGGAAAUGUCCUUUGUGGUUCUUUUUCGGGUCAUUUGGCAGUCGGUGACUGGAUUGUAAGGACUGAUUAUUGUGAGUCGUGAGACGACUGUGUCAAUAAACUUUCCAAAUGUGUUUCA